CGACGACGACGCCCUCGAAAGCAAGGCCCUUCGAUCAUCUCUGGCUGCGUGUAUAACCCUCGGUGAGCAGGCCCGAAGGCGCGAGGAGUGGCGCCGUCAUAAGGCCGAGCUAGAGAAGUCCGUGAAGGAGCUGAUCCAUGACAAGGACGCUUCCCUCCGGGAGGUGUGCAAGCUGGAGGACGCCCUUCGGCAAGCGGAGCUGAAGCUGAAGGAGGCCAGAGAUGACGGCAAGGCCGAGGGCAAGGCAGAGGCCGAGAGGGUUGCGGCCGAGGAGAGGAAGCAAGCGGCUGAGGAUGCCGAAAAGGCCCAGGCCGAAGCUGUUGUCAAAGCCCAAGAAGAGGCCAUCGCUGGGUUCAUCUCCGAGGGUUGGAAGGCCGAGGGCCAGAGGGAGUGGGUGGCCUCUGUGGUGAAGGCCUCGAUCGAGGAGUGGGUGAAAGGCCCCGGGCUCGACUGGAUGAACGAGAGGGGCGACACCUAUUAUCAAGCCG